GGUCACAGUUUGACUUAAUUGGAAGUUUUUUUGCUUAUUUUUAUUCUUCCCACAUAUGCGCUUUGUCACAUAUUAUACCACAAAGACCAGCCAUAGAUGUUUGAUUUGACAUUCAGUUCAGACUCAAGGGGUUUACACACGGUAACUGACUCUCGGGGGGAAAAUAAGAUCAGGGUUUAUAUACAGCAGCUGUUCAAUGGGUCGACUCAAACAUCAUUCGGCUUUGUCAAGGUAAGAUUCAUAAAUGUUUUCAUUUACACUCAAUGCAUAAAUGUCUGGAAACAAUCAGCAUGAUUCGGAUUCAAAACACGUGUAACUAAUUUUGCCUUUUUUCCUUCUCAAAAAUAACAGACCUCUAUGAGAAAUGUCGGCGGUCAACACCAGUGCACAGAACUGCACUUCUUCCCAAGAUCUCGCUUUUCCUUUGGUCCCAUACAUGGACUGUCCCUUCAAUCGCAAGUAUGCCAUAAACAUCAUACCAAAUGUCUUUUACAUACUGUCCUUCCUUGGAAUAAAUGGUAAUCUCUGGAGCCUGUGGACUUGCCUGCGACCAUCCCAGCCUUUGACUAUCGGAUCCAUUGGUGUCAUGAACCUGGCUCUGUGUGACUUGAUCUACCUGGCCUCUAUGGGACCCUGGGCCUUCUACAUCAACUCUGACUACCACUGGAAAAUGGGCCGUUCCCUUUGCAUCGUAGUGAAAAUCCUAUACUUUGCCGGUUUGACGUCUAGCACCAUGUUCAUCUGUGCUAUCAGCAUUGACCGAUUCCUUGCCAUCGUCUUUCCUCUGAAGUCCAGAAUGAUACGCACGCCAGGGAACAUCGUGCUGGUUUCGCUUCUGCUCUGGGCUAUCGUCGGCCUACUCACCUAUUUCAGAUAUCUCAAUAUUUUAUACUCUGUGAGGAACGAUGGCCAUCAAAUAUGCGGAGCUGUCCUGAUAUCCAGGUUCAGAACCACGGAAGCCUCCUAUGAUCUUCUGUCUUACUACUCCAUUCAGGUUUCUGUCCCUCUGCUUAUCAUCAUUCCAUCCUACGUGAAGAUCCUUGCCCGGAUAAAGCAGUUACGACAGCAGUGGGGUGAGGGGAACAUGCAAGCCCGGAAUAAGACCAUCUGGCUGAUAGCCUUGUUUAUUGCCAAUUUCUUGGUGUGUUGGGUGCCGGGACAGCUGCUUUACAUCGUCGCCUUUAUCAUUUUCUACUUUUUGGAUAACUGCAACAAUACUUGCUGGGUUGCAUGGGUGGUCAACCUGCUCACCGAAGUCUCGCAAAUAUUGUAUUCUCUGAAUGCCUGUCUGGAUCCCUUCAUUUUCUACAUGCAGCAGAGACAUGCAGAGCUGCUUCCAAAAGCACUGUUGACAAACUGCUGUAGGAAGUUAAAGCUGGGUGAAAAACAAGAGUCGUGAUUCAAAAACACAAUGGUAAACAAGCAGUUUACCAAUAGUAAAUAU